AUGACUCAACCGAUCUAUGAUCAAAGACAAGGUGGAUUCCGUGUUUUUAUUGGUAAUUUAGGUGCACGUACAAAUAUUUCUGAACUUCAACAUGAAUGUGAACGUUAUGGUCCAUUAGUUGAUUGUUGGGUAGCUCGCAAUCCACCAGGAUUUGCAUUUGUACUUUACAAAUAUGGUGAAGAUGCAGAUACAGCUGUACGAAAUAUGGAUGGACGCGUCGUGUGUGGUCAACGUGUUCGAGUUGAACAUGCAAAAGCUCGUUCAGCAAAUUAUCGGGGUGGACCAUCAUAUGGCGGUUAUCGUGGUGCAGAUGAUGAUCAUCAUGAAAGUUAUGGAAAUGGUCGAGACGAGGAUCGAAGACGUCCACAUCGUCGUUCACGCGAUCGUCGUUCACGUUCUCGUAGUAGUAGCCGAGAACGUUCAACAAAAAAAAAAUCAUCUCGUCGACGACGUAGUAGAAGUGAUUCUAGUCGUGAAAGUAGUCGUGAACGUUCAUCCAGACGAAAGAAUCAUCGUUCACGUGAUCGAAGUGAUUCAGAUGAUUCAAGUCGUGAACGAGAUAAAAAACGAUCUCGUGGUGGUUCAAGUGGUAAACGUCGUCGAUCAAAAUCAAAAUCAAGUGAAAAAAAAAGUGGCCGUUCUAAACGUCGUUCAUCACGUUCCGAAUCAAAAGAUAAUGAUAAUGGUGAUGAUCAUGCAUCAAAUCAUUCAAAAGAAGGUUCAUCAUCACCAGCAAGACGUGAACGUCAGAAUAGUAGCGGUCGUGAAAAUGAUGCUGAAAAUGAUAAUAAAAGUGGUGAUGAAAGUGAUCGACGAAGAUCAUCACGUCGUAAAUCUAAUGAUGAUGAGAGUGAUGGAAGUGAUAAUGAAAGUAAUAGUAGUGAAAAGAAAAAAUCUACUCGGCGCAGUUCACCUGAUGAAGAAAUAGAUGAUAAACAUGGAAAUGAAUCUGAUCAUUCAAAUAAUGAUAGUGGUGAUCAAAAUUAA